AUGGCUCGCAAUCGAUUGGCAGGCGUGAACCAGCAGUAUGGCGACUCGCAAGCCCCUGGCAACUCUUAUCCUCCACCUUCCAACGCUGUAGUCGGUCAGUCUCGAUCUGACAAUCCAUAUGCUCAGCAAGAUUAUUCCGCUGCUCCUGGACCGGGCAAUUAUAAUCAAUACAACCAACAAUCCUAUGGGGCUGGGAAUGGAGCACCUGCAGGCGGAGACUUCUGGGCAGAAUUAUCGUCCACCAACACCAAUUUGGCACAGUUGCAAGAGGAGAUUCAGGCCGUCAGGACCGCCCAUCAGCAGAGUUUGGCAUCCACGGAUCCUCAAGCUACAGCCUAUGCCGAUCAGCUCAACGAUCAGGCUCGAGCCACCCGCGAGCAAUGCAAGAACCAGAUCAAGCGGCUAUUCAAGAUGACCAAGGGGGACAAGGCGAUGAAAGGUCAGGCAGAGGCUGUCAAGACUCGGUUCACAUCUCUCUUGAAUGAGCACCAGGUGGUGGAGAAGGAAUUUAGGAAAAAAGUCAAGGACAGGGUGGAGAGGCAGUACAGGAUUGUCAACCCUCAGGCGACGGACGAGGAGGUCAGACAGGUCACAGAGAGCGAUAACCCUCAAGUCUUUUCUCAGGCUUUGCUCAGCUCCAACCGAUAUGGUGCUGCCCGAGGCGCAUUUAGAGAAGUUCAGGAACGACAUGCCGAGAUCCAAAAGAUCGAGAGAACACUCACUGAACUCGCGCAAAUGUUCCAAGAGAUGUCCAUGUUGGUCGAACAACAAGAUGAGACAAUCGCCAAUGUCGAGCAGCAGGCUAUGGGUGUGGACCAGAACAUUUCCGAGGGUCUCAAUCAGACAACUCGAGCUGUUGAUUCCGCUAGGAAGGCAAGGAGAAAGAAGUGGAUCUGCUUCUGGAUCUGCAUCCUCAUUAUUUGCGUUGCGAUCGCCAUCACAUUUGGUGUCUUGGCGGCCGAGGGUAAAUUCAACAACAACAACAAUGGCAAAAAGUAG